UUAGAUACCUGAAGGCCUUUUACAUAUUGUUCUUAUCAUUACCACCAAGCCCUCCUCCAUUUUUGUUGAGAUAUAAGGGAAGAAGAUGAGCUGUUCAAGUUCAACAUCGUGGGCUGAACUCCCUGAGGAGGUUUUGAAUCUGAUACGGCAGAAGCUUUUCAAGAGGGAUUAUUCCAACUUCAGAGCCACUUGUCGCAGCUGGAAUUUCAGAGCUGUUUUCGAUGCCGCCAUCUACAAGAAAGUCGAUUCCCCAUUCUUAUUGGGUUUCUCCAGAAGCGGCUGCUGCGAAGCUUACUCUCCCGCUUACAACACUUCAUACUACGUAUCUGCUAGAUCCGAACUCCUCGGCGCCCAAGUCCACUGCUCCAACUACGGAUGGCUGCUCUUGUCCAGAGGCGGCGGCGGCGGCCCCAUGUUCUUCUACCAUCCAUCCACAGACGAAACCAUCGACCUGCCAGCUACCGGAUCGAAGCUUCGGUUCAGACGAAUGGGUUUCUCGGCUCCACCUACGUCCUCGGAGUGCGUGGUGUUCUGCCUCGAAGAUGUGCUCUCCACUAAGAAGGUCAAUUUCGCAUUGAUCCGACGAGGGCAACGUUCUUGGGACCUCUGCGUCGGUGUUGGAAACAUGAUGAGAUGGAACAAUGAUCGUGCCGACAAGUUAGUCGCAAGCAAAAACGGGAGGACGAGUAGGGUUAAAUCCGAUCCCUGCCAAGUGAAUAUGCAAAAGUUCCCCUCGGUGGGGAACUUUUGGUGGCCCAAUUCGAAUUCUGCCCCUGUUUUUCACAACGGUGCUUUCUACUGUUUGGCCCAGAAUGGAAGGCUGGGAGUUCUCGAUCUCAAGGAGAAGAGGCGAAACAAGAUGUGGAGGCUCCUCGAUACGAGGCCUACUAGUCUCAAUUUUUUCAUGGACGACCCGCGCAACAUGCCUUAUCUAGUGGAAUGCAGGGGAGAACUGAUAUCGAUCGUGGUCGAUUCGAUGGGAGAAUUCGUGAGGAUCUUUAGGUUCUACAAACCCACUAGACGAUGGCGGAUUGUUUACGAUCUUAAAGAUCAGGCGAUUUUCGUCGGUGUCACGGGGUGCCUAGCAGUAACUUGUGACGAGGCACACCACAAAGGACUGGAGAACACAAUUCACUUCCCAAUGUUGUGUGGAAGCCGCCGACACCACGUGUUUUACUCCAUGGCAACUCAACAGUUCCACUCUUUCGAACCGGGGCAUCCAUCCAUCGACUUGUACAACACGAAGCUCAUGCUGAAUCGUGCUUGGAUGAUCCCGAAUUUCCAGUUUCUUUCUCGCCCACAGCUACGUUGGUCUUCGAAACUCAACAAGAAGCCGAAGAAGAAGAACAGAGGAGAUGUAGAAGCAGACCAGCAUCAUCGUAUUAUCCAUCCACAUUACGUAAUUCGGAGCUUGACCGUCUUAUUGUCAAGUGAUGCAUCGGGGGGGCACAAGGAGAUGAAAUUAGAUGAUGUUGAGAAGAAGAAUCAUCGAGAAGCACAACCAUUUCUGGCUAUGUCUAACCAACAAGGGGAAGAAAUGUUGGUCGACUUAGCUGAGUGGCCAACAGCCAACCAUUCGAUCAAGGUUGAGCUAGCUGCAAGAACCAGAGGGAAGAAAGUAUACAGCAGUAUUUACGGUAUGUUAGUAUUGAUGGACGUCGAGGCUCGUAGGUGUUCUCUAUUGGACCCGGUAUCGAUGAAUGAAACCCUGCUGCCGACUUGGGAAAGAAGCUUCACCUGCUUGGCCGUUGUGCUUCAUUCCUCUGAGAGCGACUCCCAAUUUUCGGUGAUGGUCUUUGGUGAAAUUGAGAGGGAUCGGGAAUUAGAAAGUGAUGAAUGGAGUGGGGAGGAUGAAGAUCAAAGGGAGGUGAACAAGUAUGUCGUUGCCUUUGCAAUGCUUUGGCGACAUGGUGACACUGAAUGGACGAUUCACACACAUACAGAGAAAGGAUCAGAGCCCAACGAAGUAGUUGCCAUUCACCAAGGCAAGAUUUAUGGAUUCCCCAAAAAGAAGUUCAAUCUCGUCUCGAUCGAGCUAGGGCAGGAUAGGUACACUACCAAACCUAUACCAAGAGUUGGGUUUCCUUUCCGGAAUUCUCCAAACGGAUCAGGGCAGAUACGAAAAGCGCUGGUAGCGUCUGGCAGCGAGCUAUUUCUUAUCGCCAAGUUCGACGCCCCAGGCAGAUUUGGUGUUGUUUUGGAUAUACAAGCAUUCAAGUUGAAUUUGGAGAUGAUGGGAUGGCAAAAGGUCGAAGAUCUGGGUGAUCGAACAUUUUUCUGGGGCGAUGCAGGUUGUUAUCAAUGUUGUGCUACUAAAUCCGGGUUCAAGAAGAACACGAUUUACUUCUUAGAACAUGAAGAACAAAACUUGUACGCAUUUGAUUUCAAAGAUCGUAGCGUUUCGGUUUCCCAUCCCGCGGUUGAUGGUAGUUGGAUACUAGAUGAUUUCAUUAUGUGGUACAACUAGGAAAGCAAGGUUUAUUUUUAUACUUGAGAUAUGUGCAAAGGAAGCAAGCAAAUCUUGGAAAGUUGAGCUGCAAUAUCUGCAGCUUGUGCCUAGCUCCUGUUUGGCAAUACAUUUAUUUUGCUUUCACUCAACUGGUUGUUACAGUAACUUUGAAGUGAAUGCUUCUCUCUUCACUCAAGACUAUAUACAUACCUGUGGUUGUUUAACUCAACAAUUUGAUAUGAUCAUCAGCACCUUCAGCUGCACGCCUGCAUAUCUCUAGAGCGCGAGGUAUAUCUCCGGUUAUGGCCGUCACCUAGGAUGCAUUCAAGUGUCACCUAGGAUGCAUCAGGAAGAAAAAAAAGCAAUAAGUCCAGAGUGGUUUA